CAGGCGGCUUCCGGCGGGAGGAUGCGGGGGGCGACCGGGCACCCCUAAGUCGUCGCCGUCGCCGCCGCCGCCACCACCGCCGCGGUGGGCGCGGGGCGGCGGCGCUCGGCGCUGCCGGGGCAGAAGAUGUUGGUGUACUUCUGGGGGUUCCUGUACAGCAACUAUUUUCGGUUUUGGCUGAAGUGGGUCUUGAGGCUGCUGACUCGGAAAUGCGAACUGCAGCGCGUCUUCGAGGGCUCGAAGGCAGGCGCGCAGAGGACGCUGAGCAUAGAACAUUCGCUGGAAUCAUCAAAGAAUAAGGUUUUAAGAAAUGCUGUACAUGUUGAGGAAGCUGAAGUGGAGAAGUGUGUUAGAGAUGUAAUGAAAGAAAAGAAAAUUGAACAGAAGGAUACAGGGUUUAAGACAAAUCUGCAUAUAUCCUUACUGCAGAUAUCAGGUUAUAAAAAACUUUAUUUGAAUGUGGAAAAUCUGAGGAAGGUCCCGUAUGAUUCAGAUAACGAAGAACACGAGGAACAGUUAAUUGAGCUUUGGAAUUUGCUGAUGCCUCAUGAGAAUCUGAAGGCCAGAAUCACCAAGCAGUGGUGUGACAUUGGCUUCCAAGGUGAUGAUCCCAAAACAGACUUCAGAGGAAUGGGCCUGCUGGGGUUAGUGAAUCUGGUGUAUUUUAGUAAGCAUUACACCAAUGAAGCUCGUCAGAUCCUUUCUCGUUCAAAUCACCCAAAGCUGGGAUAUUCUUAUGCAAUAGUUGGAAUCAAUCUGACAGAAAUGGCGUACAGCUUACUUAAGAAUGGUGCUUUGAGGUCUCAUCUGUACAACAUGGUCUUUGGAUUGCCACAGAUGGAGCACUUCCAUCAGUUUUACUGUUAUCUGGUUUAUGAGUUUGACAAGUUCUGGUUUGAAGAAGAACCAGAAAGCAUUAUGCACUUCAACCAGUACAGAGAGAAAUUCCAUGAAAAAAUUAAGGGACUUCUACUGGAUUGUGAUGCGAUACUAACCUUACAAAACACAAAGAAACCUUAACUCCUCUGCUGUCUAUGAGGUUCUGCAUCAAAAGUGGAAUUAUGCAUUUGGACAGAAGUCUUGCUUGUUUCACCAAAAACUGUUUAACAGUAGAAAUUUUUUUCUUUUUUACAUUUAAAAAAAAAUAAUCAAAAUUCAGUUAAGAAAGCUUGGACAAUCAACCUCUGUUUACAGGUCUUUAUAUGCUAUUCUCCAAAGGACAGCCUUUUUAAAAAAAAAACAAAAAAACCCAACAAACAAAACCCAACAAACCAACACAAAAAACAACCCACAAAUCUCAAGAGCCUCUGGAUCACUUGCUUUCACAAUUUCUUUUAUUCUUCUUGGUGCAGGAACAUGAAGCAGGUAUUUAUAACGCAUCAUGUUUUCCAUGAAUAGGUUUGACUGUUAAUUGUCUUUUAAAAGCUUCUUUUAGUUGAAAUUACUCUGGUUUUAGACUUCCUGCGUUCUUGUUCUGUACACGUAGUCGAUCAUUCACUCGUCAGUGUUAAAUUUCUCUAAUGAAGAGGUCCAUGAAGGGAAUGUAUUAGUUGCUUAUGAUUUUGGAGAAGAGGCUUAAUCCAUCAAUAUACUAGUGUACUUACCAGAAAUUACUUCUGGCUAAGGAAGUUUUUUUUUAAUCUUUGGAUUUGUACCAGCAAAUUCUGAUGCUUGGAAAAAGCUUAGUUUGCAAACAAACAAAAGGAACCACAAAUCAUCAUUGUGAGGAUCAGAUCCUCAAACUAAAGCUACUCGUUCUAAAAAUACUCCUACUGUAAAAAAUUUCAGUUCUUUCUAAUCUGACUUCAGCUGCUCAGGCUGCUUGACUUUGUAUCCAUUGUCAGCCCUUUCUUAGCAGCUAAUGGGGUAUUCUCAGUGGGAAGUACAAGAGAGGUAGUUUGGCCCUUUUAUAAAGUUCAGCCAUUAAAAACCUUUAUUGCAACUGCAGUCCCUAUUUUGUGAAAAUAAAUUCACACCUGAGUACAAGUCUCUAACAAAGAUGUAUUUUCCAUGGAAGGGAUGCAACUGCAACAUGUUCCUUAAUCUUGGCAACCUCAGACAAUCUAGUCAAUAGGGCUAAAUAUCUAUAUUGUGACUGAUUAUUGCUUAAAGCAACUUUAAACAGAUUUGGUAUGACCAUCAUUUCAUUUUCUAAAACCUACUCUUAAAUAAGUGCCUUCUGCUUUAUUCAAUCACUGUUUUAUUUUGAUUCUGUAACCAGAUCGUAGCCUUAGAAGCUUGAGUUAUUUGGGAAAGACUCUUUCAGGAUAUACCUAAAUAGCACACAGUGGCACAAAAUUUGUAUGCUAAUAGAAGCUUUCAUGCCUUUUUUUUUUUUUUUUUUUUUUUAAUCAUCUCAGGUAAAUUAGUUAACUUCUAGUCAAUGACUAAUCAUGAAGAGAUUCCUGAAGAAUACAAACAUUGAACAUGAGAAGAAAAAAAGACAACCCCCUUUUUGUAAUAAGUGAUGUUACACUACAUAAGUAUUAAAUGUAUUAUUAUAAUAUGUAAUAUUACAUCUUCUUGGAGAUAAUCAAAACCCAACCGGACAUGGUCCUAAGCAGCCUGCUGCAGGUGACCCUGCUUUGGGCAGGGGGUUGGACUAGGUGGUCUCCAGAGGCACCUUCCCACCUCAGUAAUUCUGUGAGUCUGUAUUGUGUAACUAGUGACUUCUUGCACUGCAUCCACCCGAUUGCUCUUGAUCCCUUAAAUGUUGGUGAUCUCCUGUUUAUGGGAAAGUUCCUGACCAGGGUAGACAGUAUGUACGUAGGAGGUAAUGCAGUUCUGUUUCCUUUUUAUGAUACCUUAGGUAUAGACGAGAGUUAAACAAUUCUGAAGUUUAACACGUGCAGGGUGGAGAAGGGUUCAUCUCAUCUGUGUUGGGUUGAUGCUAUUCUACUAAAAAAAAAAAAAGUGACUUGAAUAUGCUUGUAGGGAGAGUAUUUAUGGUUAUGCCAUGGCUUGUAAGCUGAACAGCUAAACUGACUAGAUUAGAUAUAAAACUGACCACAGGAAGCCUAGUUCUUCUGCUACUCCCAGGUACUUCAGUCCUGUAAUUCUCGCCACUGAAAAAGCUGAGAUCCUGUGGAGAGUGUUCUGGGAUUCAGGUCCUGCUGUAGAGCUCUGAAAGUGGACUCUUUCCCAGUGGCAGAGAGGUUAGUUGUCUGUUACUCUCUAGCCCCAGCUUCUGUCAUGUUUGUCUUCCUUCAUUCAUUUUGCUAUUGCUUGUAGAUCUCCUUAGCAAGCAAUGUGAGACUGAUGUUGAAUUUCAGAAGUGACCCCAAUACGUUUAGCAGCAGCAUCAGGAAGGGCAAUCCCAUUCUUUAUCUUCAUCUACUGCUUGCAAGCAACUAACAAAAUCGCUUGAGACAUCUCUCUGAAACACUCCCCUGUGCUAGAGUUUGCAACCUUUUUUUCUUUUUGACAACAGGUGCAAAAAUAAUCUAUGCCCUCCUCUUUACAGCCUUGAAACUUUCACUUGGCUCAUUGUUCACUAGCAGACUGACAUUUAACUACUGCUGAAGCUUUUAAAGCCCAACCAUCAAGUUUCAGAUUUCCUAUCACACUCUGAAGACAUUUUAUUGUAGAAUGUAGAUUGAGCCCAAUGUGAGAUGCAUCUUCAUUAGCUUUUUGGUGUUUUUCUCUUUUUUAAAAAAUCAAACUGUGAGCCGGGACUAAACUGUGGCAGUAUACAAAGAAAAAAAGUAACACCAACCUUCAUCAGAUGAGUGAGAUGAUACACAGGAAUGCAUUAGUUUGCCUGUAGUAAUUAAAGUGAAUGUUUAUGUUAGGCUUCAAUAUACCUUCCCAGUAAACGGUUAGAAUUUGCAUGUAGUUUUGUACGACCAAGUAGGCCAGUCCUGUCUAGACGUCACUCACUAUAUGUAGACUAGUACUGGGUGUCCCUCUUGCACCAGUGGUAGGCUAAUUGUAUUAUGGUGGUAGCUAGAAAAUAUAUGGAAAAUGGUAAAAUUGUUUUUAGGGAGGGGAAGAACAAUGUUUUACUAGUCAGCGGUAUUUUAAUACUAACUCUGUUGUAGGGUGACAAUCCUAAGGUUAUGGAAGAUUCAAAAUGGAGGUAGGCCACCUUUCUGCAAGUUGAUAUAAUCAAUUUGUUUAACAUCAGAAUUUGUUGCUCAUGGCUGAUUCUGAGAGUCCUAAAACCUUAGUAAAUUCUCUUGUUAUUUAUUAACUGUCAUGUUUUAAAGUAUGUAUUAUCUUAUUAGAAUUUGCAAGUACUGUUAGUUUUCUAACUUGCUGCCUCCUUAAAGCAUUCACUAUGUGAAAGCUUAUAUGCAAUAGUAAUUUUAGGAAAAAAAAAAAUCUAAAACUGAAGACAACAAGGUGGUUCUCUAAAUUUUGUUGUUGUUGUUGUUCCUGUAGCAACUGUUUAACAAGCUACCUCCACUUUUGUUGUUUAGUGUAUGCUUGAAACACGGUGCCCCUCCAUGAACAAAUUAAUCUGAAGAUAAGUAGAAGUUUACCACAGGCAGAAGUAAAAUCUAGUCCUUCAAUAAGUAAACACAGUGCUCCGUAAGUAACCAACUUGAUUGGAAAGUGAGUUGAAGACAGUGCUACUUAGGAAGAAGGAAACCGAGAAUGUUUUUAAACAGUUUGUGCUGCUGUCAUCUGAUACAGCAGUGUAAAGAAUAGGGUGUUUUGUCCUAAAGGACAAUAGGAAGAGGGGCCAAUUUAAGCACCUCAGAUAAAUAGUUUUGGAUUUUCACUCUUUGAAAAACAAAACAAAAUGCAAACAAAAAAUUAAACACACACACAAAGCCCCAAGCAUUCAUUUUCCAGAUUUUCCAUCCUAGUUUAAGUAACAAACGUUUUACACAAAAAUAACUGUUAGCCUUGUUUUAAGAGUUACCGUGAUGAAAAAGUUUGUAUUUAGUUAGAUGGGAGUUCAGCAGUCAGUAUUCUUGAAAAUACUGCUAGUGAAUGCGUGGUAAAGAUGUAACCUGUUGUUUCUUUCUGUCAUACUUGUUUUGUGUUGCUGUAGUACAAUGGUGAUCAAUCUUUGGACUGAUGUUUCUUGUGCCAGUCUGUAUAUUGUCUUUCUCUAGGGAAAUAAAAAAAAAAAAAAAAAGACAGCCCAAGACAGCGUGUGGGCAGUUUCUUCUUAUCACACUGUGCUUAGAUAGCUGCAUACUAAUAGAAAUUUCUGUUUUCCACAAUAUAAAAGCAAUAACGUAAACUGUGAUGUCUGUGUAAUAGAAAGAGAUGUUUACAAUGGUAACAAAUAAAGAACGAGUUAUUCCAAAA